GCAAUUUUAUUUCAGUGUAAUUCAUUUUUCUUUCUCCAUUAACUUAGAUUGCAUUCUAAAAAAUAAUGAUGAAAUAUCCAAGUUUAUUUUUUAUAAUAAACGUAUUUGUAAUUUCUGUAAUAUUUUCAACGGUUGAUAGUUCAAGCGAUCCUGAUGUAAGAAACGUUUAUUCUACAGCUAAAAUAACUAUUAAAGAUAUAAAAAAACCACCUGAAGAGUCAGAUUCUGCACUAUCUGCAGAUAUAGAAUUCACUGACGAUGAUGGAAAUAAUAUCAUUGAAGCUGAAGAUGGUAGUUCAAUAUCAUUCAAUAUUAAAGUGAAUUCCGAUCAAUUUUAUAAAAACGGUAGAGUAAAACAGUGUAUAAUGAUCGAAAAAGAUAAUAAAAUGAACACGAAAGAACUAUGUAAUGAAUGUUCAAAAGAUGAGAGUAUCGGCGACUUUGAGUGGAAACAAGAAAUUAAAACAUUUCAGACAAACUUACAAGUCAUGAAACUUCCUGACUCUAAAUCAAAUGAAUAUAUAAUUGAAUGUUCUGCCAUAGUUUGUAAAGAUCUCUGUCCUGAGCGUUCAUGUCCCAGCACUGACAAAAGACGAAAACGCAGAGGAAUUUUCAAAAAACCCCUUGCUUUGUAUUUUAGAGCUCGAAAAGCUGGUUAAAAAUUUAUGUUUUCAUGAUACUAAUUAUUUUUUAAUGUUAUUACACAUUUGCCUUUUACAUUAUAAGUUUUUAAAAAUAUUUUCAAUUAAUCGUUACAAAUACAAU